CUUCCGGUCCUGCGCAGUGCGGGCGCAGGGGCCUGAGGCGGCGGCAGCGGCGGCAGCGCAUGCGCGGACCCCCCUGAGCCUCGUCCACCCCCCCACCGCAGGGAUGGCCACGCUGGGCACCAGCAGCCAGAUGGUCACCGAGUACGUGGUGCGGGUGCCCAAGACGACCACCAAGAAGUACAACAUCAUGGCCUUCAACGCCGCCGACAAGGUCAACUUCGCCACCUGGCACCAGGCGCGCAUGGAGCGGGACCUGAGCAACAAGAAGAUUUACCAGGAGGAGGAGCUGCCCGAAUCCGGCGCCGGCAGCGAGUUCAACCGGCGGCUGCGGGAGGAGGCGCGGUGCAAGAAGUACGGCAUCGUGCUGCGGGAGUUCCGCGCCGAGGAUCAGCCCUGGCUGCUCAGGGUCAACGGGAAGGCCGGCCGCAAGUACAAGGGGGUGAAGAAGGGCGGCGUCACCGAAAACGCCUCGUACUACAUCUUCACGCAGUGCCCCGACGGCGCCUUCGAGGCCUUUCCCGUCCAGCACUGGUACAACUUCACCCCCCUGGCCAAGCACCGCACCCUGACGGCCGAGGAGGCCGAGGAGGAGUGGGAGAGGCGGAACAAGGUGCUGAACCACUUCAGCAUCAUGCAGCAGCGGCGCCUGCGGGACCAGGACGAGGAGGAGGAGGAGAAGGAGAAGGCGGCCAAGAAGAAGGGCGGGGAGCUGAAGAUCCACGACCUGGAGGACGACCUGGAGCUCAGCUCCGAGGAGAGCGAGGGCAGCGAGGCCGAAGGAGAGAAGGCGCCGAAGCCGAAGAAGAAGGCGCCGGCGGGGAAGAAGAAGAAGAAGAAGAAGGGCUCCGAGGACGAGGCCUUCGAGGACAGCGACGACGGGGACUUCGAGGGCCAGGAGGUGGAUUACAUGUCCGACGCCUCCAGCUCGCAGGAGGAGGAGGUGGGGAAGCCCAAGGUGACGAAGGAGGACGACGGCCCCAAAGGCAUCGACGAGGCGAGCGAGAGCAGCGAGGAGAGCGAGGAGGAGAAGGCGGCGGAGGAGAAGGAGGAGGAGGAGGAGGAGAAGAAGGCCCCGACGCCGCAGGAGAAGAAGAAGAAGAGGGACAGCAGCGACGAGUCGCAGACCUCGGAGGAGAGCGACAUCGACAGCGAGACCUCGUCCGCCCUCUUCAUGGCGAAGAAGAAAACCCCCCCCAAGCGGGAGCGCCGGGGCUCGGCCAGCAGCUCGCGGGGAAACAGCCGACCGGGGACGCCGACGGAGCCCGGCACCACCGGCACCACCCUCCGCGCCGCCGCCUCCAAGCUGGAGCAAGGCCGUCGCCAACCGGAGCCGCCGGCCGCCAAACGCCUCAAACUGGACGCGACGCCGCAGCCGCCGUCCGGCAAAUCCACACCCAGCAGCGGGGAGGUGCAGCUGACGGAGGACGCGGUGCGGCGCUACCUGGGCCGCAAGCCGAUGACGACCAAGGAUCUGCUGAAGAAAUUCCAGACCAAGCGCACGGGGCUGAGCAGCGACGCCACCGUCAACGUCCUGGCCCAGAUCCUCAAGCGCCUCAACCCCGAGCGCAAGGUCAUCGGCGACAAGAUGCACUUCUUCCUCAAGGAGUAGGGGGGGGCCCUUCCCGGGGGGGGGGGGGGGGGGCACCCCGAGUCCCUGCAACCCCCCCCCUGAGUC